GGCUCAAGCUCCAGCUCAACUGUCGCACGAGCUGUUCUCUAUCUGACGCCCCGUCGCUUCUUCUAUCAACAUAAUACUGAUCUUGUCGCCCUUUUGAAAAUGUCGACGAGAGGAUGUAUUUCACCAGGUUUUUCAUUCAUAAGAAAGUGAUUGCCUGUUACAAGUGCAGGAUGCGGUGGUGGUGUCCCUCCUCUGUUGUGCACCUGUUGCGCUGCAUGCUAUUGCAGCUGUGUCCCAGGAGAAGGGGAUGCCGGCUGCCUCUGUGGAUGGCGAAAACCCAGGCCUACUUGAAACUGCUGCUGCACUCACUUUUCUAUAAUUCGCUCACGGACUCAGAUGUGGUUUUUGACUCUCUGUUUGAGCCUUUGUUAUGGACUGUGGAUUAUUUGACACGCUGGUUUGGGCUGGUGUUUGUGUGGAUGGUGGCGGUACUGACCACCUCCAUCUUGCUGGUCAUCUACGUUGUCCUUCUGCCUAACGCAUUCAUGACAUAUUCUACCGCGUGGCUUGCUUGGCACCUUUGUUACGGGCACUGGAACCUCGUCAUGAUCGUCUUUCAUUACUACAAGGCCGUCAAGACCUCCCCGGGGUAUCCUCCUACUGAAAAAAAUGACAUUCCUUUUGUAUCUGUCUGCAAAAAAUGUGUCAUUCCCAAACCAGCAAGGGCACAUCACUGUGGUAUCUGCAACAGGUGCAUUCUUAAAAUGGACCAUCACUGUCCUUGGCUGAAUAAUUGUGUGGGUCAUUUGAACCACCGUUACUUCUUUUCCUUUUGCGUCUUCAUGACAUUGGGCUGUGUGUACAGCAGCUUGAGCGGCAGAAUCCGUUUCCUGGCUGCGUACAAUGCCCUCGAGCGUUUUAAGCAUUUGGAAAUGGAAAAACCGGGGGUACCCGUAACAGGGAUGGGACCUUUAAUAGGGCUUCUCCCCACUGGCCAGACUGACUACGUGACACCUGCGCCAUACUCUUUUAAGGAAAAGAUCAUGGAUAAGAGCAUCAUCUACAUGUGGGUGCUCACCAGCACAGUGGCAGUGGUCCUGGGAGCACUGACUACGUGGCAUGCACUUCUCAUAUCCAGAGGUGAAACCAGCAUAGAAAAGCACACCAACUCAAAAGAAAAGAGUCGAAUGGAAAAAAUGGGACAGGUUUACAAAAACCCAUUUAACUAUGGCAAGCUGCAUAACUGGAAACUCUUCCUCGGCGUGGAAAAGAGACGUCACUGGUUCACACGUGUUCUGCUGCCCUCCGCUCACUCGCCACUUGGCGAUGGCUUGACGUGGGACAGCUUCCCUGUCAAAAAGGAGCCAAUACAAGUUUAAGCAGUCAAGCUGCUCCAAGCCUACUUGGCAUGAAGUGGGGUACACACACACCAAUUUUUACCAUCUUAACUGAUUUUCAAAAUGAGAGACCCUACAUGAAAUGGGGGGGAAAAAAUCACCUUGUGUGGUCUUACUGCUCUUAUAGUUUGUGUUACACACAUAAGAAUAUUGCUGUAGGGCUUUGCCAUUUACCCGAGCCGGAAGGAAGUGCUUCGGCCCGUUUGGCCGAAUGCUGAAGUUGGUUGCGCGUAUACCGUAUUGUAAGUUUCCUUGCCCAAACCAGAUGUCUGUCGUAGUACCAAGACUCACCUGUGAGAGGUGGAAUGGUGCCAGAGGGCAUCCAGACUGCUGGAAAAUGCAAAGAAGAAAGCGUAGUAGUAGUAUUAGUAGUAGUAGUAGUAGUAGUAGUCGAAGAAAUGGAGGAAGCUAAGCUAAUUCUUAGCUUAUCUGCUAACUCUAUUGCGGUUGCAAACUCUUCGCUUUGUCAUUUUUAUUGCAAUGAAUGACUAAUGAGACAAGUUAUACAAACAUUCAACUCAACAACUUGCUCCUCUAUUUGUGUCCGGCAACAGCGUUACAUUUACAUUUCACAUCACAAUAUUUACAAUCGUAGCAUGUUUAACAUUUACGAUUGUCAUCCCCGACCGUUUUCGGAGAAGAUUGGGAAGGAAAAAAAAUCACUCGUAACACACAAAAUGUUCAAAUUCGGCCUGGCCUUCGGUAUGUGUGUACCCCGCUGGCUUCAAGCUGGAUCCUGAUGGUAGUCAAGAAAGUGGGUGAAAACAACCUCCAUUACCUCAAAAACACUGCGGAAUCUCAACCGAGUUCGAUAUUUUAUCAGUCGCUUUGAUUGAAUUGAAGCAAAUAAUUUAAGGACAUUAACUGCUCAUAUUCUACCUGAGCUAAUACUUGAUGAGGCUGAUCUACACCCCAGUAAACACUAUUAUUUAUCUGUAUUUUUUAAUCUGUCUAACUUAAUAAAUCUUGUUUAAUUAACUUCAAA